AUGAGUUCUUACUCUGUCGAUUGCAAUUUUGUUGCUGACCUCAAGAAUAGUCAGACCGUUACUCUCUCCAACGACAAGAUCAGAGUUACUAUUGCCGAGUACGGUCUCUACCUUCUCAGCCUUGAGAGUGCUGAUCGUAACGGCAAGUUCUCUGCUGUAAACCUCAACUACGGUGACGAAUUGUCCAAGUAUGUUGAUGACACUUUUUACCUAUGUUGUUUAGCAGGCAGAUAUGCUAAUAGAAUUGCCGAUGGUCGUAUGACGAUCGAUGGUAAGGAGUAUCAGUUGACCGCCAAUAACGGUCCUCAUUGCCUUCAUGGUGGCACCGAUGGUUUCAACAAGAAAAUUUGGAAACAUACGGAUUCCUACCGUGAUGAAAAGUCUGCGUCGGCAACCUUUACGGUUCGAUCUGAGGACGGCGACCAAGGUUUCCCCGGCAACUUGGAUGUCACUGUCGUUUUCACCAUCACUGGCAACAAGUUCACUAUGGAGUAUUAUGCCACCACUGACGCUCCCACCGUCGUCAAUCUCACUCACCACACCUACUUCAACUUGGACAACGACCAUUCGCAGACUAUAUGCAAGCACGAGUUGUGUUUGCCUAACGCUGAGAAGUUCGUGAAGGUUGAGAACGGCGGCAUCCCCAUUGAGGGUCCCCCAGCUGAUGUCAAAGCUUUUGGGAUUGUCUCUGUGAAUUGCAUUUAA